AUGUCAGAAUGUAUUCCUUUUGGACGUGCUUUAAAGCCGUAUUUUAUGUUAGAUGAAAAAUACGUAUCUGUGAAUAACGCGAGCUCGGGGGUGGUUUGUGUUCCUGCUUUUCAACGACAUUUACAGUUGUUGGAGGAAUCAGAAAAGGUCCAAGAUUUACAAACGAGAUACAGGUUACCCAAACUAGCCGAAAAAACUAUGGAUCAACUAGCAGAACUCUUGGAUACCAGUCCUAACAACCUUGCAUUUUGUUUUUCCGCUACACAGGCGAUUAGUUCUAUUCUCUUAACGUUUCCUUGGAUAGCUAACGAUAGGAUCUUAACUUUAAAUCUGGCUUAUCCUACAUGCCAAUUUGCUGUUGAUUUUGUUCAAGAUCGGUACGAUGUUCAGAUGGAUACCAUAGACAUCGACUUUGCUUAUGACCGUUCUGAGCUUUUGUCUCGAGUGGAAUCGUAUUUGGCAAAGAACAAGCCAAGACUCUUCAUAUUUGAUUUUGUCACUUCUAUGCCAGUGAUUCAACUACCUUGCAAGGAACUCAUCCAACUCUGUAAGAAAUACAACGUGAUUAGUGUUAUAGAUGCUGCUCAUGGGAUUGGGCUUUCUCCUCUUUCCAUGUCGUCCCUGGACCCUGAUUUUUUGUAUACUAAUGCUCAUAAAUGGCUGAAUGCACCUUCAGGUACGACCAUCUUGUAUGUGUCUAAAAAGUACCACAAUUCAAUUGAAGCCCUUCCAAUCUCCUACGGCUAUCACAUUCGUAAACAAAAAUCUCCUCCCCCGGCCCCUUUAAACGCAAGGUUUCUGUAUGCUUCUUCUACGGAUUUACCUAAAUUUAUCGCCAUUGAUGCUGCAAUAGCGUUCAGAAAGUCUAUCGGCGGUGAACAUAAGAUUCAAAAUUAUAACUAUGACAUUAUUAUAAAGGGCGCGAAAAUCAUUGCUGAAGCCUUAGGGACAUCUUAUUUUGUAUUAGCUCCUCCUAUUGCUAUGGUAAACGUCGAAAUUCCCCUGCGGCGUAUGCCAUCCGCUGAAUUUUUUGAAUAUUUUUGGCAAAGCAAGAAUACUUUUCUUCGCUUCGUCGAAUACCACGGCAAGUUUUACACUCGUAUAGCCGGUGCUCCUUUCUUGGAAGAAUCGGAUUUUGUUUACAUAGCGGGUGUCUUAAAAGAGCUUUGUCAAAAUUCACCUGAAAACUAA